AUGAAUGAUAAUCAUCAAUCGAAUAGAAUCGAUGUACCUCUGUCUCAAUUAGAUGGUCCUGAUCAGAACGAUCAAGAUGAUGAAUUAAAUGAACCACAAGCAAUGCCAGCAGUUGAAGAACAAAUUGAUCCAACACAAUUACAAUGGAUUCCGUGGGUAUGGUACUAUACAAAACUAUCAGCUAAGAAAGGUUAUGAAGCAUGUGAUGCGGCUGGUGAGAAGCUCGCUUGGUUUUUUGGCAUUACCAAACCGAAAUAUUACGCAGAACUUCAAGAAUACGAACGCAUGGAUGAAGAAGAACGCGAAGCUUGGCGACAAUCAUUUCAAGAUGUUGAACAAACGGAUCAUAUUCUCGAUACAAUCGUUACUAAUCCACCGCAAUCAUCGAAUAUAUUUACUGUUAUGCAUGAAUGA